GAGACUGAAAUAUAAUUUCUUGUAAUAUCUGUGGAUAACAUUCAUCCAGCUAAACUAUUUCUAUUUAACGUUUUAAUACGAAAUCCGGGAAUAUCCUGACAUGAUUUAGAAAGAGGGAAUCUAUCAUCUUACCCGUGUUACUAUUUUCUUCUUUGUCGGCCCGCUUUUCGGCGAUGGCUAUAAUAGAAUCAUGUUCGUAUCGCGGAUAGACAGGUUAUCUUUCAUUAGAAUUUACAGCAGUACUUAUUGUUGUCGGUUUUAUUCACAGUGCGACAAUGAUUUCUCUGCGACCUAUAACGUCGACAAAGUGCAGGAAAAAUGGAGUAAUAUUUGGAAGAAGGAUAAAUAUUCAUCUCCCAAAACCAGCACCAAUCAUCAUUUUUCAAUUCUAUUACCUCCCCCAAAUGUUACUGGGAUAUUACACCUAGGCCAUUCUUUAACCGUCGCAAUACAAGAUUCUCUGGCGAGAUGGUACCGAAUGAAAGGGCAAUCCGUGGCAUGGAUCCCAGGGAUGGACCAUGCCGGGAUAGCGACGCAGGUGAUGGUAGAAAAAUACUUGCAAAAAAUUAAAGGUGUUUCCAGGCACGACCUAGGACGAGAAGAAUUUUUGUUGCAAGUUAACAAUUGGAAAGAUACAAAGAAAGAUGUAAUCACCAGACAGCUGCAAUCAUUUGGGGCAAGUCUGGAUUGGUCUAGAGAAUAUUUCACAAUGAGCGAGAAGCAUAGUAGAGCUGUUACGGAAGCUUUUGUCCGAUUAGCUGAACGUGAAUUGAUCUACAGAGAAAAGUCCAUAGUAAACUGGUCACCGUCUCUGCGGAGUGCUAUAUCCGAUAUCGAAGUUGAAUUCUUAUCAGUGACCGGUAAAACUGAGCUAGAAGUGCCUAAUUAUCAGGAAAAAGUUUCCUUUGGACAAAUAACGGAAUUCUCUUACCGACUCAAAGACUCUGAUCACCUACUUACUGUGGCAACAACGCGCCCUGAGACUAUGCUAGGAGACGUAGCAGUAGCUGUUCAUCCAGAUGAUGAGAGAUAUUGUCAUCUUAUUGGCUCUCAUGUCUGGCAUCCGUUCAGAGAAACUUUCAUUCCAAUAAUCGCAGAUUCAUUCGUAGACAGGAGUUUUGGAACAGGGGCGGUAAAAAUCACACCGGCUCACGAUUAUACGGACUUUGGAGUGGCUAAGAAACAUAAUUUAGAAAUUAUAGAUGUCAUCGAUGAGCACGGAAACAUGACAUCGGCAGCUAAACCCUUCUCGGGGCUGCCCAGGUUCGUCGCUAGAGAACGGGUGCUAACAGAAUUAGCAAACAGAAAUGUUCUGGGUUUAAUAAAGGAUUACAGUAUGACGAUACCAAAGUGUUCUCGGUCCGGUGAUAUCAUAGAAUAUCUACUCAAAGAUCAAUGGUUUGUAAAUUGCAAAGAAAUAUCGAACCGCGCUAUUGAGGCCGUUAAAAACGGUACGCUAAAAAUUGAUCCUCCCAUACACGAACAAACGUGGUAUAAGUGGCUGGAAAACAUUAGAGACUGGUGCAUAUCGAGACAAUUAUGGUGGGGACACCGUAUACCUGCAUAUUUAUGUAGUAACGACAAAGAAUCUACUUGGAUCGUCGCACGUUCAGAAAAUGAAGCUCUUUCAAAGGCUCGAGAAAAACUCGGGGGCUCGAUUAAGAUCAAGCAAGACGAGGAUGUUUUAGAUACCUGGUUUUCAUCGGCACUUCUACCAUUCUCUGUAAUGGGUUGGCCCGAUCGAACCGACGAUUAUCAAAGAUUCUAUCCUUUGUCAAUGCUCGAGACCGGUCAUGAUAUCCUGUUCUUUUGGGUAGCCAGAAUGGUCAUGUUGGGAACAGAAUUGACCGGGGAAUUGCCUUUCAAGGAAGUCCUCUUACACGGAAUUUUGUGUGAUAAACGAGGAAAAAAAAUGUCAAAAAGUCUCGGCAAUGUUAUCACUCCGGAGAACAUCACGAGAGGUGUUACCUUGCAGGAUCUCAAUGAUCAAGCAAAACAAAAUUACGAAACAGGUGUAUUCUCCCAAAAAGAAUUGCAAAGAACCGAAGACAUGAACGCGGAAAUGUUUCCCAAUGGGAUUCCUGAAUGCGGCAAUGAUGCAUUGAGGCUUACUUUGUGUUCCCUCAACAUAAAAAGUCAUAACGUUAAUUUUGACGUGAGUGAAUGCGUAACGAAUAAACUUUUUUGUAACAAAAUUUGGCAAGCGAGCAAAUUUGUCUUGACGGGAAUAGAGAAAAAUCCAGAUUUCGUGAAGGGAUGUCCGAAUAUGAUUGAUAAGUGGAUAUUAAGCAGGCUGGCAUGGAUGGUUGCGACCGCAAACGAGGCAUUUUCUGAGAGGAAUAUUCACGUCGUAACGAGAGUUUUGAAACAAUUCGUCUAUCAUGAAUUCUGCGACUGGUAUUUGGAAGCCACAAAACCGGGCCUAGCUGAUGUCAACUCAAAAAUAGCUUUUGGGCAUUUAGACACCUUGAUAAAAUGUCUGGAUGUUACUUUGAGAACAAUGGCACCGAUAGCUCCUUAUCUUGCCGACGAGUUAUACGCGCAAUUAUCUCAUCGGAUACCGUCAUUACCUUCCUUCGAUUCCCUAAUGGAAGCACCUUAUCCCGCAGAAAUGGAGUUCCAGGUUUUCAGGGACCAAAAUGUAGAAGAAAAGUUUGAAAAGAUCAAGAAAAUCGUGUCAUCAACAAGGAGUCUUAUCUCAUCGAAUAGAAUUCGUCCAAGGACAAGCGAAGCUCACGUUAUAGUCCGGUCACAAGAAGACGCGGAUUUGUAUCGUUCGAACUCGAAAAUCAUAACUGCCAUGAGCAAGAUUCUAGGAUUAAAAGUAUCGCUUGAAACCGAUCAAAAUAAUAUUGACAAUUGUAUAUUCGAUACAGUUGGAACUGACUGCUCCAUAUAUCUUGUUUUGAAGGAUGCAAAGAAAAUGGUGGAACUCGGAGAUAGGAUUGAAAAUAAAAUAUCGAACCUCGAGAAGCGAUUGAAAAAAUUGAUAGAAAAGACUUCCGCACCUGGAUUCAUUACUGGAGCACCCAUCGACGUUCAGAAGAGCCUUGCGGAAAAGAAGGACGCACUCCGGAAGGAAAUCGAGAAACUCAGCCAAAUGAAAGUGAAAAAUACGUGACCAGAUUUUAGGGGCCGCACUCAUAAUGUAAAUCAUUCACAACUUACAAUCGUUUUGUUGAUAUUUAUUUAAAUAAAACACAAGAUUCAGUUCUCAUCAA